AUGAAGUGGCCACAUCGAUGGCGCCGUUGCAGCAGUUUUCUUCACGGAGAAAAGGGGCGCAUGUCCCAGUGCUACGUCGGAGACAGAUCGGGAAUCGAACAUGCCAUCCUUAAUGGAGGUGCAUCAGUGGAGGAAGUCGACAUCGAAGGGAAUACUCCGUUGCAUGUUGCCGUGGAGGCACCAAGAAAUGAAGUUGCAACGGUGUCAUGCCUGCUGGAGAAUAUGGCCAACCCCAACACUGUAAACUACAUUGGGGCGGCGCCUUUGCAUUAUGUGUGCUUGAGAAAAGGCAACUGGCGAGGGAUCGCCAACCUUCUCCUAGAAUACGGAGCAAACAUAGACUGCCAAACUUUGGCGGGCAAGUCUGCUCUCCACUUCGCAUGUGAGAAUCACCUGCCCGAGCUCGUAGAGGUGCUUUGCCUGUUCGGUGCUGACCCACACUUGCUGGAUGUUCAGGCGAACACGGCCAUGCACUUGGCUCUGGCCAAGGAGGGCGGCCGAGACACGGUCAAGCGACAAAUUCUGGAGUGUCUUCUCACUGUCUCUGCCAAUGUGGAGGUUCGCAACUUGAAGGGAAUGUCUCCCAUACACCUGGCUUGUUCAACUGGUUGUAUACGGUGUGUUCAGUUGCUCAUGGAAAUGAAAGCAAACCCUAGCGCCUUAACAUCCCGAUGGGAAAGUGGGCUGCAUUUGGCAUGCACUUCUGGGCAUACAGAGGUGACACAGCUGUUCGUCCAGACUGUGCCACAAUUGAUAGAUGCCCAGGACAUUGACGGCAACACUCCGCUUCAUGCGGCGAGCUACGCAGGAAAUCUGGACUGCGCUUUGAUUCUCCUCAGGAACGGAGCUGAGCCUGAGGUCAAGAACCAUGCGUCACUGUCUGCAUAUGAUGUCUCUAAAGUCAAGGGACAGGACCUGGCGAGCACUCACAACCCUGAGCUCGUUCAGGUUCUCAAAGAAGCUCAAAAAGAGAAAGGCUGCCGUCAGUCCUGA